AUGUCAACGAUACAGCAGGAACUUAUAAUAGUCAAUUUUAAUGUUUUCAUAAGAUCAAUUAUGUCACUCGCAAACGAAAUUAGAAAAAAUUUGAGUGAUUUAAUUUACCGAGAAAAAAUUGAUGAUAGUGGUUAUUUGUGUUACUAUAAAAACUUAGCCAGUGAGAAUCCAAUUACAUACUUGUGUGAUGUUGGUUGCUGUCCAGAUGGAUGUUGCUCAUCACAGAAAAUCAAAAUUACUGCAAGUUAUGAUUUGGCAGUAAUACUUUUGUUCAUAUUUGUUUUCGCAAUAAUUUCCUCCGCGAUUGCAAUGUUCAUUAUUUACUGUGUCUACCAUAGCAAGAAAAACGAUAAUGGUUAUGAAUUUAGUGGAAGUUUCGUAGAAGAUAGCACUAUGGGAUCACAAGCUCAUGGACUUCCUACACAUUCUAUUGUGCGCCGAUAUCUUCCUCAGAUCAGUUGCAUGAAAAUGUAUUGA